AACAAAAAUUGUGUCUUAAAUAAAAUCACGACCCAAAGACAAGGUAACGACCCAAAAUCAACACCACCUGUUUACCCUAAACAAGAUAACAAAUCACGUUACUCCUCACUUAUUUAGCCACUUGCCCAACUCUCUUAACUUACAAUAAACCCAACCACCGCUCAACCAAAAUGCUUCCGGACACACGUGACCGCAAAUCGCUACUAACAACCGGCCACCAGUCCGCACUUUACCCCGGAUUUCCGGAAAUUGGCAGAAAAAUCUUCAACUUCGUUAAACCUCGCAAGAACCGGAACCGCGCCAUCUUCAAAAAUGGCGACUGCAACAUCCACCACAAGGGACUCGCGCGACUCGGCAUCCGCUACUUGCACGACAUUUUCACCUCCUUGGUGGACAUCAGCUGGAGGUGGUGUUUGAUGAUCUUCGCCUUGGCUUAUUUCGUCUCCUGGUUGUUCUUCGCGCUGAUCUGGUGGCUGAUUAUGUUCACCCAUGGGGACCUGGAGGACGAGCACCUCCCCCAAAACCAGGCCGAGUCCAACUGGACUCCGUGCGUCCUCAACAUCCACAACUUCACCUCGUGCUACCUCUUCAGCAUUGAGACCCAGUACACCAUUGGGUACGGGUCCAGGACCACCACCGAGGAGUGCCCGCAGGCGAUUUUCAUCAUGUCAAUGCAGGCCAUCAUCGGCAUGACCAUCGACGCCUUUUUCCUGGGCAUUGUGUUCGCGAAAAUGACUCGGCCUAAAUUACGCACCCAGACUAUACUUUUCUCCAAGAAUGCGGUGGUUAGCCGGCAGGACGGCGCCAUGUGUCUGAUGUUCCGGGUCGGAGACAUGCGGAAAAACCCCCUGAUUGGGGCGGAAAUCCGGGCGCAAGUCGUCAAGCCCACUAGGACCAGAGAGGGCGAAAUGAUCCGCAAUUACCGGACUGAGAUCGAGCUGAGUGUGGACGGCGGUGAUAACAGUAUUUUUUUUCUCUGGCCGAUGACGGUUGUGCACAAGAUGGACGCCGAGUCGCCGUUUUACAAAAUGUCGGCGAGCGACAUGUUGAAGGAACAGUUCGAGGUUUUGGUCGUUUUGGAGGCGACUGUUGAAAGCACAGGACAGUCGAUUCAAGCCAGGACGAGUUACGUGGGGAGUGAGGUUCUGUGGGGCUAUAGGUUUGAGCCGGUUGUUGAUCAUUUGAAGCGCGAAAAUGCAUAUGAUGUGAAUUAUGCUAAAUUUAACAGUGUUUAUGCUGUGGAUACGCCCCUGUGUUCGGCCUGUGAGUUGGCGGCGUUUGAAGGAACAGGGGAAGUUCCACCAGAACCGAUGAGAUUGCCUGAGCCGCAGUCGUUUGAUGAUGACGAUGACGAUGAUUUGGCGAGGCCGCCGCCGCCCCCGCCCGUCCCCAGGAGCAGGAGUAGGAGUGUGCAGAGGAGUGGGCGUUAUGGGGGAUAUGAUGAGGACCCAUUACUACAAAUUGCCUCGAGUUAUGUGUGACUUGUUUGCUUGGUUUUAAGCGAGGCUAAGUCGCUACAAAAUUUGUAAAUAAACUUUUAUAAAAGAAAAACUGAGAAUUAUUUAUACCAACACUUUUUUUCGUGUAUUCAGUUAUGGAAGGAGGUUGAAAAUAAAUAAGUUUUCUUGGA